CACACAUACACAACCAUAUACAUAUACAUAUAUAACCUUUUUUUCAUUUGAUCUAUAUCUAUAUAUAUAUCAUUUUAUGACAAUGUUGUCUAGAUCAUCUUUUAAUCUCCUUAAUCUUGACGAUUAUUCUUGUGUUAUCGACCGUCCUAGGAUCCCACGUGUCAUGACCGUGCCCGGAAUAUUAUUUGAAGAAGACGAAAAUGGCGAAAAUCGGAAUCUUACGUCAGGCAAAAGGAUCAUUGUUGCUAAUCAGUUACCUUUGAAAGCUAUGUUUGAUGUAAAUACUAAAAAAUGGCUUUUUGAAUAUGACCCGGAUUCUUUAAUAUUUCCAUUAAAAUCCGGGUUACAAACUGGACCUAGACUCGAGUCUAGGUCACAACCAGGACCCGACUGUGUUUUUGUCGGGUCUUUAUCGGUGGAUAUACACCCAUCUGAGCAAGAAGAAGUUGCUCAGAUGUUGUUGGAAAAGUUUCAGUGUGUGCCUACUUUUUUAAAUUUAGAAGUACAAAAUAAUUACUAUCAUGGGUUUUGUAAACACUAUUUAUGGCCUACUUUUCAUUACAUGCUACCUAUCACCCGGACUAGUGGGGUCCGGUUUGAUAAAGUAGCAUGGCAGGCAUAUGUUUCCGCAAACAAAGUGUUUGCUGAUAAAGUUAUGGAAGUUAUAAAUCCUGAUGAGGAUUAUGUUUGGAUUCAUGAUUAUCAUCUCAUGGUAAUGCCAACUUUUUUAAGAAAAAGAUUUCAUAGGAUUCGGGUCGGGUUUUUCUUACAUAGUCCGUUUCCAUCGUCCGAAAUUUAUCGGACUAUACCCGUCCGGGACGAGAUACUUCGAGCGUUAUUGAACUGCGAUUUAAUCGGGUUCCAUACGUUCGAUUACGCUCGACAUUUUCUUUCGUGUUGUAGUAGAAUGUUGGGUCUUGAUUAUAAGUCAAAAAGAGGGUACAUUGGUCUAGAAUAUUAUGGUCGAACCGUAAGUAUCAAGAUUUUGCCUUAUGGAAUCGAUAUGGGUCAGAUUGAAUCCGUUAAAUCGUCCCCAAAAACCGUAACAAAAGUUGAAGAGUUAAGUCGUAGGUAUGAUGGAAAAGUAGUAGUAUUGGGUGUUGAUGAUAUGGAUAUGUUUAAAGGAAUUAGUUUAAAGUUUUUAGCCUUUAGAGAUCUUUUGGAAAACUAUCCUAGUUUAAGGGGUUUAGUAGUUUUGGUCCAAAUCUUGAACCCGGCCCGAAGCCAGGGUCAAGAUGUUCAAGAAUUAGAAAAAGAGAUGCAUAAUGUGGCCCGUGAGGUUAACCGUAGGUUUUCAUUUGAAGGGUAUGACCCGAUUGUGUUUAUAACCGGGCCGGUUUCAAUUUCUGAUAAAGUCGCAUAUUAUUCAAUUGCAGAAUGUGUAGUGGUGAAUGCGGUUCGAGAUGGUAUGAAUUUGGUUCCUUAUAAGUACACUGUUUCUAGACAAGGUAACAGUGAGUUGGAUGAAGUUUUUAGAAGGUAUGAACCCCAUGGAGACACGAAACCCAAAAGGAGCAUUAUUAUCGUUUCGGAGUUUAUUGGGUGUUCACCGUCUUUAAGUGGUGCAAUUCGGGUUAACCCAUGGAAUAUCGAUUCAGUGACUGAAGCGAUGAAUUUAGCGAUUACAAUGCCUGAAAAAGAAAAGGAAAUGAGACACGAAAAGCAUUAUAAGUACAUUAGUUCUCAUGAUGUUGCUUAUUGGGCUAACAGUUUUGAUCAAGAUCUCGAACGGGCUUGUAAGGAGCAUUUUCAUAAACGUUGUUGGGGUGUCGGUUUUGGGUUGAAUUUUCGUGUUGUGGCUCUUGGUCCUAAUUUUAGGAAACUGUCUGUUGAACAUAUUGUUUCGUCUUAUAACAAGACGAGUAGUAGGUUGAUUUUGCUUGAUUAUGAUGGUACUGUCAUGUCAAGAUGUUUGAUUGAUAAAUCACCUAGUAAAGAAGUUAUCUCCAUUUUGAAUAACUUAUCAAACGAUCCUAAAAACGUCGUUUUUAUAGUUAGUGGUCGAGGGAAGGACGUGUUGGGCCCGUGGUUUGAUCCCUGUAAGAAACUUGGUUUGUCAGCAGAACACGGUUACUUCACUAGGUGGACCGCAGACGCAGACUGGGAGUCGUGUGGGACAAUGGUGGAUGUUGAGUGGAAGAAGGUAGCGUUACCGGUUAUGGAGCAUUAUACUGAGGCAACGGAUGGUUCAUUUAUCGAGCAAAAAGAAAGUGCUUUGGUGUGGCAUCAUCAAGAAGCUGAUCCUGAUUUUGGAACAUGGCAGUCUAAAGAGUUGCUAGAUCAUCUUGAGAGCGUUCUAGCUAAUGAGCCCGUGGUCGUAAAACGAGGACAACAAAUAGUCGAGGUUAACCCGCAGGGUGUGAGCAAGGGAGGGGUGGUGGAUCUCCUUGUCACAACGAUGAAAAGCAGAGGAAGACCUCCAGAUUUUGUUUUGUGCAUUGGUGACGAUCAGUCAGAUGAAGACAUGUUUGAGAAAAUCUCGAGCUCACUUGGAAAUGGAAUUGCAGAAGUAUUUGCUUGCACCGUGGGGCAGAAACCAAGUAUGGCAAAGUAUUAUCUUGAUGACACGGUGGAUGUAAUCAAAAUGCUGCAUGGGCUCGAAGAAUCAUCAAUCCAUGUACCGAAAAGUGCAGGUUUUCAUGUCGAAUCCCAAUGCUAGGCUUACUUAUGUAGAUAUUACCCCUUAGCUAGAAUAAUCAGAUCCAAAAAUAACAUACCAUUUUUGGAUUUUUAAUAGAAGAUAUCAAUGCAUGAUUCAUCUUGAUAUUGUUUUUGUUUUUGGGGAAAAUAUGGAUAUAUUUUCCUUUUAUUGUACAGACAUGCAUUGAUGCAUACUUU